CCCCGCGGCGCCCCACUGGCAGACUCGGCAGCGGCGGCGGCCAGGGUGGACGGGGGUUCCGUGCGCAGGCGCGGAGUCCGGACCUCGCUGCAGCCCCGGUCGCCUCAGGGCGUCGCACCCACGAACUCUGCCUGCCGUCCCGCCAGUGUGUCCGACUGUGCCAGGCUCCGUCCCCCGCCCCGGCCCCGGCCCCAGCCAUCCCGAUGGCUGAACUGCGGCCUAGUGGCGCCCCCGGCCCCGCUGCGCCCCCGGCCCCGGCCCCUGGCCCCGCCGCGCCCCCGGCCUUCGCUUCACUCUUUCCCCCGGGGCUGCACGCGAUCUAUGGCGAGUGCCGCCGCCUCUACCCGGAGCAGCCCAACCCGCUGCAGGUCACCGCCAUCGUAAAGUACUGGUUGGGUGGACCAGAUCCCUUGGACUAUGUGAGCAUGUACAGGAACUUGGGAAGUCCAGGUGCGAAUGUUCCUGAACACUGGCACUACGUUAGCUUUGGACUGAGCGAUUUAUAUGGUGACAACAGAGUCCAUGAAUUUACAGGAACAGAUGGACCCAGUGGUUUUGGCUUCGAGUUGACAUUUCGACUAAAGAGAGAAACAGGAGAAUCAGCUCCACCCACAUGGCCAGCAGAGUUAAUGCAGGGCUUGGCCAGAUAUGUGUUCCAGUCAGAAAACACCUUCUGCAGCGGUGACCAUGUAUCCUGGCAUAGCCCUUUGGAUAAUAGCGAGUCAAGAAUCCAGCACAUGCUCCUGACGGAAGACCCACAGAUGCAACCUGUGCAAACUCCCUUUGGGUUGGUUAUCUUCCUCCAGAUUGUUGGUGUUUGCACAGAAGAGCUACAUGCAGCCCAACAGUGGAAUGGGCAGGGGAUUCUUGAGCUACUUCGAACAGUCCCUGUAGCUGGUGGCCCUUGGUUAAUAACUGAUAUGCGGAGAGGCGAGACCAUAUUUGAGAUUGAUCCACAUCUGCAACAGGAGAGAGUUGAUAAAGGGAUUGAGACAGAUGGCUCCAAUCUGAGUGGAGUGAGUGCCAAGUGUGCCUGGGAUGAUCUGAGCCGACCCCCUGAGGACGAUGAUGACAGCAGGAGUAUUUGUAUUGGGAUGCAGCCUCGGAGACUUUCUGGAAAAGAUACAGAGCAAAUCAGAGAGACUCUGAGGAGGGGCUUAGAGAUCAACAGUAAACCUGUUCUCCCUCCAAUCAACACCCAGCGACAGAAUGGCCUGAAUCAUGACCGAGCACCGAGUCGCAAGGACAGUUUAGAAAGCGAGAGCUCAGCAGCUAUUAUUCCCCAUGAGCUAAUUCGCACACGGCAGCUUGAGAGUGUACAUCUGAAAUUCAACCAGGAGUCUGGAGCACUAAUUCCACUUUGUCUGAGGGGCAGACUGUUACAUGGACGGCACUUUACAUAUAAGAGUAUUACAGGGGAUACAGCCAUCACAUUUGUAUCAACGGGUGUGGAAGGCGCGUUUGCCACUGAAGAGCAUCCAUAUGCAGCCCAUGGACCCUGGUUACAAAUUCUGUUGACUGAAGAAUUUGUAGAAAAAAUGCUGGAAGACUUAGAAGAUUUGACUUCUCCAGAGGAAUUCAAACUUCCCAAAGAGUACAACUGGCCAGAAAAGAAACUGAAAGUCUCCAUUUUACCAGACGUUGUGUUUGACAGCCCACUGCACUAGCCCUGAUUCGGCCCCUUCCUUCAGACGACCACGAGAGCCCGGCCUAGCUCCCAAGUGACUCAACAGUGUAAUGAUUGCAGUAAAAACGAUUCCUGCAAAUAAAAGGAAAAGAGAGAGGAUUACUGCACAGCUACUGCAGCCCACAAUGGGGUGCGUAAACAGGGCCUGACUGACCCUGGCCCCGGCUCCCUUCCACCUCACCUCUUAUCUGGGGGCCAGGCCACUCCAGGCCCAUUAUGAGUGAAUGAGACCUUGUUCCAGCCCAGCUCAGGUCCCACCAGACCAAACAAGUGGGUAAUGACUUCUUCAUUCCACUUCUGGUUCUGGUUUGGGGAUGUGGCUCUAGGACCCCUGACUUUCCCACAAGCUGUCUGACCUCACUCCUCUAUGCUUGCCCACUUCUGCAGGUCUGGGGAAGAGCCCUAGACCCACAGAUUAAAUGCGCUGGCUCCUCCUGACUCUGGAAACCUUUUGUUAGUCAAAUUCCUCCUGGCUACAGAACAAUUCCUCCGAGUAUGUUUGGGUUUUUGUUUUUGUUUUGUUUUUGUAUUUUAUUUUUUAGAAACCAUAUGGUAUUUAAUUGUUCCACAAAGGUGUCUAGAAGAUGUCGUGAAUAUUGGUUUUGGUUUUGUUUUAAAUGGAACUGGUUUUCAAGUUGAACUUUCUCCUCUUGGAAAAGGGCAGGGAAUACCUAGCCUUUCCCCCUUCCAUAUCCCCCAACCCAGCCAUGUCACUAGAAGGUGCUUAGUGUUUGUUUGCCUGCCAAUGAAUAGCUAUCGUAGGGCCUUUUGGACAGGACUUUUCUUCACCAGCUCAUAAGCCAUUUUGAUCCACUGGGUGGGUGUUCAGAAGCAGGAGGCAUCUAGGUAGAACAGGGGUGAAGCUGUGUCUCAGGAGACAGAGACCCCCUAACUCGAGAGUAGGCCCUGGCCCAGCCCUAACUAGGAAAGGCUGUGUUCUCUGCCAGGUGGGUUGGGCUCUAGAAGCCUCAGGGAGCCCCUUGGCCUGAAACUGGCGCCUGUGAGGCGUGAGGACUGCAGCCAGCACUGCCCAGACUCUUGGAAACUUGGAGAAGAUAUCAGCCUCGCCUUCUCAGUGGGCUUCUCACUCCUAACUGGGGCCGGCCUAGGAGAGGGAGAGUCUCAGCCCCUGAAGGCACCUCCCCCACCUCCAGCUAGCUCAGGGUUUGUGUGACCUCUUACAUCCCCAUUCUCUCUCCUCCCUGCUUUCUGAUCUCAUCUUCCCUCAGGCUCCAACAGCUCCAGGCUCUAGGAAUUUUUACUUUAUUAAAAGCUGAAAAAUAAAACUUCCAACAUCUGUCUCGUUAUCAUUUGUAACAGCACAUUCCACCUCUUCUCCCGAUAUUCCUUUAUUUGUUCUUUAUUCCUACCCAUCUCUACCCCCUCUACCUCUGUCUUCUAUACUUCUUUCUUUUGCCCCUUCAUCUCCGGUUUUUCUCUCUACCUCUCUGGCUUCUUUCUUCCACUAUAUUUCUGACUUCUUUCCCAUUAACAUCCUCUGGUCUUACUCUGUAUCUUUAGUAUUCCCCCCCCUAUUUCUGUUCCUCUUCCCCCUAAAUCGCUGGCUUCUCCCCCUUCAUUUCUGGCCUUUUUCCCACUCACAUAGUUUUGGUUUCUCAUAUAUCCCUGGCCUCUAUCUCCUUAUGUCUCUGGCUUCUUUCCCCCCAUUUUUCUAGUCCUUCUCUCCCUUUAUCUCUGACUAAUCAUCACAAGUCCUCUCUCUCUUAUCAUUCUCCAAAGACCUGACCUAUCAUCCUCUCAUGAUUCCUGCAUCAGGAUACCCCACUGCCAUCAACAAGGAUACCAACUCAAUUCUGGCCUUCAAAGGCCCCCUUUAAGUUUCCUCCCCUAUCUCCAGCCCAGUUCUGAAUGAAAUUGUUUUAACCAUGGAAUUAAGGGACAAUUUCUGGCACCAUCCAAUCAAUAUACACCUCCAUAAACAUGAGAAACACACCAUGGGAUAUAACAUCAAUCAUGUCUUACAGAAAGCUGGCACAAGAGGUGACAACCCCUCUGAUGCCCAGUUAGGCAAAGAAUUGCCUUGAGCGCUUCUCUAGGAAAUGGAAGAGAUAAAAUUGGUGCCAAAGAACAGAGGAAAAAGCUGACAUUAAAUAGCCUGCAAGAUCCUAACCCUUUCUUAAUGGUUCCCAACAUGAUUAUGGUAUAGUCUUAAGCUUAAGCAUGUUCUUGUGGACUGUUAAUGAGUUUUAGGUAUGAAGACAAACCAGCCCUUCUCUGGGGUUAUUUCCCAGACAUAUUCUUCCACCCCGGCCUAGGAGUUCUUUAGCAUGAGGUCCAACUUUCAUUCAUGAAAAAUGUGUGUAUUGCACUUUCUAACCCCCAUUUUUCAAGGUUCCAUCAUCAUCCCAUGUACCCCUUCUCCGCUGGUUGUUGGUGAUUGCCUUCUUAAUGUCUCCAACUCCAGCAGUGUUCUUUGGUCUUCUCAGGAGGAUUUUUGCAAGAAAAAAAAAAUGUUGAUAGCCUUAGCCCUGAGUAGCUUCUGACUCAUCCUCUGAUUCCUCUGCUGCCACCAUUAGCUAUCCCUUUUCAAUUCUUUUACUUCUCUGCCUCAUAGAAGGGGAAGAAAGGUGCUUCCAACCUGAUGGGUCACGCCUCUCUAAGCCCUAGACAGAGAUCCCAAUGCCCCCUUUUCUCCAGGGUCCUUUCCACCUGCCCCUAGUUUCAGUUUGGUUAGGUGUCUAAACCAAAGUCUCCAUUGGUGCCAAAAGCACCAGGUUAUACUGCAUGAGGAAGUUUGGGAUUAAUGGAUAUCAGUAUCAGGGAUCUGUGUGAAUCAGGAGAACAAUGUAAAGAAUAACCUAGCUCAGGGAAGGUGGCAUGGAAGAAUACACAUUGCCCAGAAAGCUCAAUCUGGUGGACCAGUGGACAUAGACACAUCUUGCCCUUCCUAUCAGAACUGCCCCUCUUGGGCCCAGGACUUCAUGUGCCUUUUGCAAAGUACUUUUCAUACAUGGAUAUACAUGUGCAUGUUGCCUUUGUGUUGGUUCUAGUCUCUCUCUUGAUGGAAGUUAGGAGGGAAUUACAAUUUAGGUGAUCUCUGUGAUUUUCCUGUUCAGGAUUCUCAGGAAGAGUGGGACAGGGAUCAUUGAUGUAGCUCUUUGUUGACCCAGCUUUCCCUUCAACUUUGAAGGCUCAUCCUCCAGGCAGAAACUCUCAGGAACUUGUAUCCUGAACUGGGUAAUGUUGCUCUUCCUUUUCCUACUUUGAACUCUCUUAGCUCCAAGGAAGGGUCCCUCCCAUUGGGGCUGAUUCUUCAGUUGUCCCAUUAGGACUAUUUUUUCUUAUCCUCUCUUCAUGUCUCAGAUUUUAUGGUAGCCUCUUUCUUUCAGGAGAAGGGAGAGCUCCCCAGGAUCUACAACCCUGAUGGCUCUCUAGUCAGAUGACAAUAAAAUCUUACAGGAUACAGAGGCUUUCAAAAUCUUGGGCAACACACGUCACUGUCACUUAUCACUGAUGGGCACCUACCCCUUAGAGGCUAAAGAAUCCUCACAUCCACCUCUCUGGGUCAGAGCAUAGAAAUCCAACCACGAUCAUAUUACAUCAAAGAACACUCCAAUCUUGCCUUGUCUCUCUUUCCAAAGGGGUGACCCAAGGAACGAGAUGAGAGGAGUGGGGAGAGGUCUCAGGGAUCUGAAAAGGCUAGAGCACUUUUUGAAAAGAGACAGACCUAAGACUGUGGUUGACCUGAAUUUUGAAGUUUGAUGGAGAGCUGAACUCUUGACACUCUACUGUGAGGGAGUCCCCCUUUCUCUGCUUUUUUAACUAGGCUCUUUUUCUUCUCUGGCUGAGAGGACCUUGUGCCCAAAGGGAAGUGCUAAGUCCUGCCUUGGGUCAGGACACUUUGGAACUCAACUUCUCAUUUUGUUACAAAAACCUGAAAGCUGCUUUGAGCAGAGUUUUUUUUUUAAUCUUUUGUAUUAGUUUCUAUUGUCAGUGGUGACUUGGUUCCUGGGCACUGUGGCAGGCCAGGACUUUUGUAAGACUUUUUUCGGUGACUCACUGAAACCGUUUCCUUCCCACCCCCUCUCCCUCAGUGUAAUCUAAGUGCAUUAAACAUGUUUGCAGAA